UAAAGCUAGGUUUGCCGAAUUGAACUCCCAAACACACCUUUACAAAAAUCUCUCCUCUCUCCCCCCUCUCUCUUCUCUCCGCCCCCAAUCUAUACACACAGUCACACAGUAAAAACACACACAACUAUGGUGGAUACAUCACGGAGAAGAAAUGGUCCGGUUCUCAGAUCUCACUCGCCGUCGGGGAGAUUCUACUCUCCUUCUCCGGCUUCAGCUUCUUCAUCUGCUUUUGCCUCAUCCACGUUUCGAUCUACAUCCCCGACGCGUGUCAGUCUCUACAGCACUCCCUCAGCCUCGUCGGUGAAAUUCUCACUUGACCGUCCCGGUUCGCCGAGCCGCUCGAUUUCUACAACCUCGCGAAACCAGAUCGUAAAAAAGCCGAGUCACAAUCCGCUGUCGAAUCAGAAGAGGACCUGUAUGUGCUCUCCGACGAAUCAUCCAGGUUCGUUCAGGUGUAGUUAUCACAAGAAUUUGGCGAAUCAAACAGCCUCGUAUCCGGCGAACAGAUUGAACGCGAGGAGAUCAGCUAUGACGAAUUCGCUGGUUCGAAUCGGAACAGUUGAAGGAGAUCUGGUGAAACGAGCGUUAGCAGCGUUGAUUCGACCUUCUUCGCACCACCAGAAGCGACGAGGUUCGUUCGAAUCGAGGCCGAGUAGGCUUUCGGUUAUGUCGAAAGCUGAAGAAGAUUAAUAAAACAAAUUUAAUUAAUUAUGUUAAUUUUGAUUAGUUUUGUGUCCUUUACUUUUCCUAAUUUCUGACGAUCGACGGUGAUGACGUGGAUCGGAAUGGCGCAGGAACGGAACGGACUGUUUUUUAGUUUUCCGGUACCGAAACGAUAAGGAUCCGAUUGAGAAGGAUCUAUGAGAUGCUUUGUGUGUAUGUAUAUACAUCAUCCAUAUAUAUAGAAAUCGAUUAUAUGAGUA